AUGGCGAGUCAAGCAGGUUGGAAUUCAGUGACUGGCAUCGCAACGCUGUUGCUGGAUGGCAACUGGGUCUCCAUUGUCAUCGCCAUCAUAAUUACCUUCGGUGUUCCGAUUACCCUGCAUUUCCUUUUCUACCGCGCCGUAGCCUCGCCGCCCUCCAGCAACUUCAUCCUCCUAGGUCCUAGCGGAGCGGGCAAGACAGCUUUCACUACGCUGCUCGAAGCUAAAUCCUCCCCGGCUUCGAAUAAGUCUCACAGCACUCACACCUCCCAGAUCUCUACUCUGGUCUCAGUCAGCCUUCCCCCGACUGUCCCCACUGCCUCCAAUCGCUACCGUUCUGUCAAUGAUCCCUCAUUGAAGGAAGCUGUACGGAACCCGGUCAGAUAUCGCCUGCGGGAUACCCCCGGGCAUGGAAAGCUUCGGGCCUCUCAGGGGAUCUCCGAGCUUCAGUCUAUGUCCACGUCCAACGACACAAAGAUGAAGCUCCGUGGCGUGAUCUUCAUGGUUGACACCGCAGCUCUUGUGGAUGAAACUACUCUCCGAGAUACCGCGACGUACCUGCACGACGUCCUAUUGGUUCUUCAGAAGCGCGCCCUGGGUAAAGGCAAGUCCUCGACCAAACGGGUCGCGGAAGUCCCUGUCUUAGUCGCCGCAAACAAGCAAGAUCUGUUCACCGCGCUGCCACCAGGCUCAGUGCGUGAGAAACUGGAGGCCGAAAUUGAUCGCAUCCGGAAGUCCAAAACCAAAGGCUUGAUGGAUGCUAGUAUGGACACUGGAGUAAAUGAUGAGGAAGAAGAGGUUCUGGGUGAUGACGAUGCCCAGGGUAUCUUCACCUUCAAGCUUCUUGAGGAAGUGGGUGUCAAGGUUGAUGUAGUUGGUGGUGCGGUCAAGGGUGACGAGCAGGAAGAACUGGGCUCUGGCGUUCGUCGCUGGGAGGAGUGGGUUGGCAUGUGUUUGUGA